UAGUACAUAUUUGUCAUUUGAGCUGAAAACUGUGCAAAAAUUAAAUUUUCUGCAAGCAAAAAUGGCUCCCGUCUUAUAUUACAUGCCUGAAGGUCCUCCAUCGCGAGCAGUUGUCAUGUGCAUUCGUUAUUUAGAAUUGCGCGACAUUGAGCUAAAAUUAUGCCGCACUUAUAUGGGAGAAACAUCCGAACCUGAUUUCAUCAAAAUGAAUCCACAAAAAACGGUUCCCUUUUUGGAUGACAAUGGCUUUUAUUUGGCAGAGUCUCGUGCCAUCAUGCUCUAUCUCGUUCAUUCUCGUGCCCCUGAGAGCGUUUUGCUUGGUCGUUUUCCGAAAAAGCGUGCAAUGAUUCAACAUCGUCUGGAUUUUGAGCUGGGAACAAUUGCGCCGAUUGCAGGAAAAAUUAUUCGUGACGUCAUGAUGGGAGACAUGACAGUAAUUCCGCCUGAAUUGAAGGAGAAGUUGUACAAGGCGUUGGAAAUUACGAAUAGUUGGCUUACGAAGACGGCUUAUAUUGCCGACAAUUUCAUCAGUAUUGCGGACUUUUCUUAUCUUGCAACCAUAUCAACAUUUUUCCACUGUGGCGUUCCAAUCGAAGAAAAAUUCCCAAACAUCUGGGCAUGGUAUCAACGAAGCAAAUCUCUCGCUGGCUACGAAGAAAACGAAGAAGGAGCUCGAACCUUAGGACACAUGUUCAAACAAAAACUCGCAGAACCCUUUUAA